GGAUAGGUGGUGGUAUUUUUAGACAGCUCAACCCAAUCCCAUGCAGCCCACAUUAUGCUAACAUGCUUGUGCAGACACAUAGGUGUUGAUUGGUCGGCGGUCGGGCCCCAUCUCUUGCAUCUGCCGUCAUGCCGUCGUCAGACGUGCAUUUUAGGGGGAAGCUUUGCUGACUCAACCGGCGAGCCUGGAUCCCUCCCCAUUCUGCAUCCCUGCUGCAUGGUGUACACACAUCAGAACAAGACGGGGAAAAAGGAGAGGAUUAUUAUUUCCUCUGCAACAUCUCGGCUUCCAAUUGCAACCCACUUAAAAAAAACUCUCCUGAGGUGAUGUGAGCUGGAGGAGGAGGAGAAAAAAGGGGGGGAUCCGCAGAAAGGAGCUGUCCGUCCUUCGUGGUGCUGAUGCGGCUGUGAGGCGAGCAUGGCUGCCGGGAAGUUGCUUCUCUACGCCGGGCUCUCGCUGUCUCUAUGCGCCCUGGGCAUGCUGGCGGUGGCGAUGUGCUCCGACCACUGGUACGAGACCGACGCCAGGCGGUACAAGGAGCGCUGCCAGAGCUUCUCCAGCCGCCGCAAGGACCCAGGCUUCAUCUACAUCCCCAAUAACAGCCUGCCGCUGCGGGCCAGCCGGAGCGGCGAGGAGAAGCUGCCCCUGGCCCGCAGUCGGCGGCAGCUGUUCGCCAUGAGCGCCGCGGACGAGUGCAACAGGCAGUACAACUCCACCAACAUGGGGCUUUGGAGGAAGUGCCACCGGCUGGGCUUCGACCAGGCGAUCGAAGACCUCAUCCGGAAAGGUUCCAUUGCAAGGUGCUCCUACAUCAAGUACCACUAUUCCUCAGCCACAAUACCCAAGAACCUCUCGUACAACAACACCAAGACAAUAAGACAGGAUGAGUGGCACUCCCUCCAUUUGCGGCGAAUGACGGCAGGGUUCAUGGGCAUGGCCGUGGCCAUCAUUUUGUUCGGUUGGGUCAUCGGCGUGCUAGGCUGCUGCUGGGACCGGGGACUCAUGCAGUAUGUGGCCGGACUGCUUUUCCUGAUGGGAGGCACCUUCUGCAUCAUCUCCCUUUGCACCUGUGUCGCCGGCAUCAACUUUGAACUCUCACGCUACCCUCGCUAUCUGUACGGCCUGCCAGACGACAUCGGCCACGGGUACGGCUGGUCCAUGUUCUGCGCCUGGGGAGGACUGGGCCUCACCCUCAUCGCCGGCUUCUUCUGCACGCUGGCGCCCUCCGUGCAGCCCAUACCGCGCUCCACCUGCCCCAAGUCCCGACAGGAGAACGGCACCGUGUGCUAAAUACCGAAAACCGGCAACAAAAAGAGGAAAAACGACUGUUCCAUUUGUCCAUCCAUCAAUUUAUCGCCAAUCUCCCCAGAUGUUUUCUUUUUAUUUCUGUGUUUUGGGUGUUUGAAAAUCUGCUAUAUUGAAAAAAAAUAUGAGAAAAACUGGCAAACUACGGAAAUAUAUUAAGAAAAAUACCAAGUUGUGCUUGUUUUUAUUGUUGUGAGGUUGCUACAGCCUGGAAAAAGGAAAGGACACCUGAGCUUGAAACAAAACUGUAAAGAUGGACAAUGGACCGGGAAGUCUGUCUCUGAACUGCUGCUCUCAUGUGACUAUAAACUAUGGACUGCAGAACUCUAAAAGGAGGAUGGAAGUUCCUUGUGGAUAUUUCUUCAGUUAGGAAUGGACCUGACUUCUGAAGCCCUUCCUAACUUCGGGACAAGUAGACCAGAAGGAUAUCUUGGACCUAAGUUGUUGUAUCAUACUGUACAGAAUAUUCCGGAGACAACCAGGAAGCGUCAUCUCAGCCUCUUUUAGGUGCAUUCGAUCCCAUUUUUUUUUUAAAUCAAAUUAACUUCCUUUAUAAUGAAGCCAUUGACAUUGUUAGAGCAAGUUUUCCCAUUCUAGUCCUAGCUGUAAAUGUACGUAUGAAGUGUGUUUGUGUGUGAUGCAAGGGUUUAUUCUGGAGAGAAAAAAAUAUAUAAAAAUAGCCCAACAUUUUGGGUGUGGCAAGAUUUGAUAAUGGAGAGAUGCAGUAUCCUGUUUAAUGCAAAUGAGUCACCUGGCCAAUAAAAUGUUAAAUAAUUCAGCUUUCAGUGGAAGAAUGGAUUCAGAUAAUGAUAAUUUUGCUUUCACUAGAACAAGGAAAUAGUUUAGUAUCAAAGCACAAGAUGUUUUAAUGAAGGCACUUCAUUUUUCGCUCAUCGCUUAGUCAACACUUCUUCUCCUGAACCACAAAAAAAAAAAAGUAUCAAAACAGGCACUGUACUGUGUUUCCUUUGCAAUUAUUAUUAGUUGACCCCCCAAAAACAAGGGGACUCAGAAAUGCUUGGUUGGUAAAAAAAAAAAAAAGAAGAAGAAGAAGCAACAUUAAAUGUUAAAAUCAAGGCUGCCAUCAACAAAAAUGUAUUUUUGAAUGAAACGGGCGAAAUGUAUCCACUCAUUUAAAGUAUUUGACAUGACGUUAUAGAUUUACAAGAACAGGAAAAAGAAAUGUUUAUCAUCUUAAACAUAUUUUUCACCGGAGGAACUUUACCCCAGAACCUGAAACUGGGCGCCUUUUAAAAAGGGGUGUCCCAAUCUAAUAUCAGCAACAACAAAAAAAACAAGAAUCGGAAAAUAUCGUCUUGCGUUUAACAGCUCUGAUACAAGCAGUCCUGCAGUGUGUUUAUGUAGUGGAAAGGUCCGAAACUUAACUGCAAACAAAGUGGUUUUAGCACAAAAGUUUUAUUUACCAAAUAUCAAAAGUACAGGUUGGAUUUAAUUGCCCAUAUGCAGACAGACAUCGUCCUUCAGGGGAAAACAGAAUCAAACAAAAAAAUGCAAAUCAUUUUUCUUCUCUUGGUCCAUGGCUUUUUUAUAUGACUCCUCAUGGGUCGAGGUCGGGUUGUUUUUGCCACACCUGGCAUCAACAUAAUCGUGGAUCUCCUAGUCAUAACAAAUACUCAUAACAUUUCUUAGAAUGGUCAUAGUGCUCACAAACUGAACUUUACCUUACAUUUUGUUUCCCAGUGAUUCAGAAAUAGGCUUUUAAAUAGACCUUCUUUUUCGGACUUUAAACAGACACAAAUAAGGUAUAAAUUAAUCACAAUAAAGUCAGAAAUUCCAUUACAUUUACAUGUGCAAAGAUAGUCUGACAGUUCAUAACUAAUGUCCUCCGGGAAGCACACAAGCUUGGUCUUUUCUUCUAUUUUGCUGAAGUCAUUUACAAAAGGUAAACAAGGUAGGCUACAGGCUACUGGGAGUUAACAGCUACACAACAGCUAAGCACACAUUAGCAUAAGAGCUAGACAUUUGUAUUAAGUGCCAUUCAUUGACAAUAUUGCUAUUUGUCAAUAUAAACAAGGUUAACAUAAUUAUAGUAGUGUAUCAAUUACUGAUACAAAUUCCCCUAGGCAGAAGCGCAUUAGAAAGUAUCCAGUAACAAACGUGUCCGCUUCAUUCAACUUAAACAAUCACUCUCCAUAAGGCUGUCAUAAGGUUAUUUCUUAUUGGUACCAUUUUUCUCUGAGUAAUUUCACUUGAGCAAGCCUUUUCUAACAUUCUACACUAUAAAAUAAUAGUUUGUACUAUGAUUUGUGCUGGUAUCAUAUUAAUAACGGUAUCGGCCAAAACUCUAGGCCCUAAUUUCGGUAUUAUAUCGGAAGUGAGAAAGUUGCAUCAGGACAGGCUUACUUUUUAUGUAUCUCAAAUAUAAUGGCUCAGAGGAAGCUUGUUAACUCCAGGAACUAAAUUUACCAGUACUUGAAGUUAGCUAAAAACUAAUAAACAAGAUCUUAAGGAUACCAGUUUUCUGUUUUAUGGGGAAACAAAAUUAUUUGUAUUUGUAUUUGAUUUAAAAUGAUUUAUUUAUGCUGGUACAACAUUUUGAAUACAAUUGCAUUUAUAUAAGAAAAAGUAAAAUAAUUAUUAGUAAAAAAACAUUAAAAUAGUUCUAUAAACACAUUAAAAAUGGAUGAGACCCUAAACAAAUUGAGAUAAAUUAGCAUUUUUAAUGAUAUAUAAAAUAAUGAGAAUAUAUUCGUAAAACAGUAACUUAUACAGUUAUCAUUAAAAUAAUUUAUUAGAUCAAUUAUUUAUCUAAUUUGUUGAGGGACCACUUCAGUAUCACAUUCAUGGACAAGCGUUUCCCUGGCCUCAGUACAAGGAACACCUUUAAAUUGACCCUGUUUAUAUCGACGACCCAUCUGUCUCGACCAACUCAUCAAGACUCGGUCCAUGGUGUCCACUUACUGUUAAUAAAAAGUGCCUGCUAAAUCAAUGUGGAUUUCCAAUCUGUGUAUGUCGAAAUGUGUUCUUCAAAUCAGGUUUGUAGUAGUUUCAAAAUUAGUGCUGUCAAUUUUUUAAAUGUGUCUUAUCACAUAUUUCAUUUUGAUUACUCAUGAUCAAUCACAGUAAAUAACUGUUUUUUAAAUAGAUUUUCAUACAUAUUUCAGUACUUGAAUGCGUCAUUUUGUCCUUCAAAACUUGGGGACAAUAUUAUUUAGAUUUUUUGGGUAUAUUUUCCGGCCGUGCAAUGAGGUUGCAACUUGUCCAGGGUGUACCCCGCCUUCUGCUCGAUUGUAGCGGAGAUAGGCACCAGCGCCCCCCACAACCCUAAAGGGAAUAAGCAGUAGAAAAAAUGGAUGGAUGGAUGGGAUAUUUUCCAGAAAAAAUGUUAAUCCUAUUUUACCAUUUUUGAUCCUAAAUUGGGAAUUUUAGAUCAUAAAAAAAUACUAAAUAAAAUAUUAAUAUUAACACUACAUUAGUAUUGGCCACUAGAUGAGACCAAACCAAUCAGAGCGAACUGUUCAGUAUCGUGGCCACUGAUUGGCCCAGUCUCAAGCACAGCAUUAGUUCAUUGUAUUAAAAGAGUGUAAACAUGACUAAAGGAAGUAGGGGUCUGAAUCUUUGGGCACCUAAAGAUUCGGUCCGAUUCUGAUUCCUGUGAUGACGAUUCGAUUAAGAAUCGAUUCUCGAUUUAACAUAAUUCCAGGUUCAAACCAAUUCUCGCAAUGUAUCAUUUAGAUUACAGGCUAAAAAAGCUCAUUCGGGUUGCAUGGAGAUGGGCUACAAACAUAUUUUAAAAAUUGUUUCUAAUAAUAAAAAAUAAAAAAAUCGACUUACAAUUGGGAGUAUUAAGAAUUUCGAUUCGGAUGUGAAUCGAUUUUUUUCGGCACUCAGAAUGUCUAGAGGGUUCUCAUAAUGUUAAAAAAGCAUAUAUUUAUACAUACAUACAUACAUAUAUAUAUAUAUAUAUAUAUAUAUAUAUAUAUAUAUAUAUAUAUAUAUGUACAUAUACAUGUUUUGCUCCUGGCUCCAGCUAUGAAAAUACUGAUAUAUAAUUGAUAACUUUUACUUUGCAGAAAUACAUUAAUCGCGGUCAUGUUCAGGACAAAUUAACAGUAAGAAAUGAGGGACAACUGUAUUUUAAAGUACAAUUUGCCAGUUAGGACACCAGUGGGAGUCUCCUCACUCAUCUUUGCACUGACGCAUGCAUUGAUCUGAUAGCUCACCGUAAAGCAACCUGCGUCACUUUAAGGCAACCAUCUGCGGUUAAUGUAAAGGAGCAUGUGCGCUCAAUAUAAAUUGUGAUUAAUCAGUGUUUUUUUAUUUUUUUUUUACGAUGAAUGCCUCCAUUUUUUUGUUAAUGUGUGUAACUUUGACAGCUAUAGUCAAAAUCAAUAAAGCAGGCAUAGGACUAAAGGUAUUUUCUUCUUUUGCAACCCCAAAUUUGUGGUCAUGUCUUAAGGCAUUAUACAGUAAGUCUGUCAACUUAAAUGGGUUCUUCUGCAACACUCGGUUCUUGGAAACCACAAAAUAGGCGAAUUUGGUUCAUGUCUGCAAGAUGGAAUGCGGUUUUUGAGGAUAUUUUUUGUACAUUCAUUCAGGCUCUGUGCAAUGUUCUUUUGCGUUUGUUGCGAAGGAAAUUAAGCAUGAAAUGACUUAAACACAACUAGACAUCAAGGGCUGUGCUGCUUAAAUUUGACAAAGGGAAAAAUGCAAGCACACAUUCAGCACUGAACAGGAAAAACCCAUUAAAAGGACAAAGGGUGUGAGGAUAGCAUUUAGAAAAAUAAAAGCACAACACUGAAAGUAAAGGUUUGAUUAAAGCAUCAGUGUAGCCAAAAUGGAGAAUCAUGCAGAUAUGUAUUUAUGUUUACAAAACUGCAAACUGUAUAUCCGUUCAAAAGCACAAAGGUAUGAGACCAUAUCCCUGGAAAUGAUCAAAAACGCAUUUUCCAACAUUAUCCGAGGCACCUGAAAGCCUCAAAGCAUCAGAUAUGUUUUGAAUAAUAACAGUGAUACUGCAACUUCCAUUGUGAACAGAAGCAAACCUGAACAUCAGUAAAGUGUGUGUUAAGUAAAAAAAAAAGUACAAUAGGAUUUAACAACAACGACAACAAAAAAGGAAAUGUUCAACUGAAUGUAAAAAUCACGACAGAAUAAAUAUCAUCUGUGUGUUUACAAACGCUGUCUGUUGUCCAUGUCAAUGAGAAGUGUUUGAUCCCUUUUACAAAUAUAUGAACGGUUCAUCAUAUUUUUAACAAAGAGAUAAACAGAUUAUCAGCAAGGUUACUAAAUUAUUGAUUUAUGUUUGACUGGGUGAAAUAAGUAUUGCUUAUUGAGCCAGCAGUGGUAACUAAUAACUUAAUUAACAUGAAAAAUCACAAGUUGAA